UCCCGAGGCACAAUGUGUGGAUCAGGUUCAUCUGACAGACCUGCACUCUGCUUCUCUCCUGCGCUCGCACAGCCUGCUGCUCUCGUGAGGUUCCUGUCCUGGUGUAACUGUCAAAGCACAAUGGCGGCAUUUAAAGGGAUCUGGACCAAGGACUUCUGGAGGGCUGUAUCCGGAGAGUACCUGGCCACUCUCAUCUUUGUCCUCCUCGGCUUGGGCUCCACCAUCAACUGGGCCGUGGGGCAGGAGAAGCCUCCCCCAGCCGACCUGGUCCUUAUCUCGCUGUGCUUCGGCCUCAGCAUUGCCACCAUGGUGCAGUGUUUUGGUCACAUCAGCGGCGGACACAUCAACCCAGCUGUCACCGCAGCCAUGGUUGUGACGAGGAAGCUGAGCCUGGCGAAGGGGUUGUUCUAUGUGGUGGCUCAGUGCCUGGGAGCUGUCACAGGAGCAGGGAUCUUAUACCUUGUCACACCCGCUGCUGUCAGAGGGUCGUUCGGCGUGACCACGGUGAACUCCAACAUCUCAUUAGGACACGGCCUACUGGUGGAGCUCAUUAUCACAUUCGAACUGGUUUUCACCGUCUUCGCCACCUGUGACCCCAAACGCACAGACCUAGGUGGCUCCGGUGGCUUGGCCAUCGGCUUAGCUGUGGCAAUUGGUCACUUGUUUGCAAUUCCUUUCACAGGAGCCAGCAUGAACCCUGCUCGUUCCUUCGGGCCUGCAAUGGUCACCCUCAACUUCGAGAACCACUGGGUGUACUGGUUGGGUCCCAUGCUGGGCGGCAUACUGGCUGCCGGCCUGUACGAGUACCUGUACCGCCCGGACCCUGAGCUAAAGAAGAGGCUGAAACACAUCUUCCAGAAGGACCCAUCAGGGAAAUACACGGAGGUGGAGGGCGAGGACAUUUCCAUCAAGCCGGGCUCCAUCCACACCAUCGACCUGGAGAAAGCCGGGAAGAAAGAUCCCUUCCAGGAGUCGGGGGGGGAGGUGCUGUCCUCUGUAUGA